AUGACCGUGGGUCGAGAGUUUGCGUUUAGUUAUGGCCACGUUCACAAAUUAGGUAUCGCGAUGAAUUGUGGGGAAGACAGAAACGACCAGGAACCGAAACACCAAUGGGAACGCCACAUUGCUCCAAAACCGAUGGACUCUGCUGCAUCAGACGCGCCGAACAAGUCGGGAAGCUGGGAUGCGCCAGGCGACAAGAAGAAGCUGAUGCCAUUCCAAUCACGAAAGAAAGCGAGCCACCAGUGGAAGUCCGGCCGAAAAUCGACGUUAAGGCGAAUUGUGUGCGAGCGAUUGCGAAAAUGA